CAGAUUACACUUUGCAGGCUUUAAUGGCUUGUUAAUAAAUUGCGCUGAUAGAGCGCUUCUUUGCCUUCGUAUAUAGCUGCGGUGUUUAUAUGCAAAAUGAGAUCAAAAGACAUAAUCCUACUAGCUGGACCGUUAAUUGCCUACUACGUUUACAUACCUAUUCCGGAUGAAAUUGAAGAAAAAUGGAAAUUGAUGAUCACAGAUUGUUUCUUCAGAAGCCUCAUGCAUCUGGCAGAAUUGAGUGAACUUCUAGGUUUGACAGACUAUAUGAGGGUGAUGAUGCUCAUUACUGUGCUGGAACAGACGGUGCCUGUGUCCGACAAGCAUGUACGUGUUACAGAGGAGGUAUUUGAUGGGGUGCAGGUGAUUGUAUAUGAGCCAAGCCAGCAGAGCGGCAAUGGAGAGCUGAGGAGAGCAGUGAUCUACUUACAUGGGGGAGGCUGGUGUCUGGGUAGUGCCAGGAUGGGACCCUAUGAUCUUCUCUCGAGGCAGACGGUCCAGGAGCUCAACGCCGUCGUGGUUUCCGUGGAGUAUCGACUGGCGCCCCCAUACCAUUUCCCCAUCCCCUUCCUGGAUGUGUACCGGGUGGUGAAGCACUUCCUCCAGGGACCCGUCUUGGCCCACUACAGGGUAGACGCAGGACGCGUGGCCGUGUCAGGGGACAGCGCUGGUGGUAACUUGGCGGCGGCCAUCACACAGCAGCUGCAGCAGGAUGCGGAGCAGCCGGUGCAGUUGAAGGCGCAGGCCCUGCUCUACCCUGUGCUGCAGGUGCUGGACCUCAACACACCCUCCUACCAGCAGAACGAGCACAUGCCCAUUCUGCCUAAGAAGCUGAUGGUGCGUUUCUGGAGCGAAUACUUCACCAGCGACCGUACGCUGCUGCAGGCCAUGCUGGCAAACUCGCACAACAGCCUGCAGUCUGGCCGGGUGCUCAAGUACGUUAACUGGACCGUCUUACUGCCGGAAGGUUUCCACAGGCCCUACAGCUACAGUGCCCCGUCUCUGGUGAACAGGGGGCCGUCCUACAUGGGGACCGCCCUCACCGACCCGUGGGCGUCGCCCCUUCUGGUGCCCGACGCGGCCCUGCGGCCGCUGCCCAAGGCCUACGUACUGACCUCCGAGUAUGACGUCCUGCGGGACGACGGCGUCAUGUACGUCACGCGGUUGCGACAGGCCGGGGUGGACGUCACGCAUCAGCACUACGCCUCAGGUUUCCACGGUGCCUUCAUGUUCACCGUCUGGCCCACCGACUUCCAGAUCGGACGGCGCAUGGUGUGGAACUACAUCCGCUGGCUUAAAGAGAACCUGUAGGCCCGGAAGUCACUCCUGCUCCUGUCCUCAAAGCUUUCUUACAUUUGGGUUUCAGGCUUUGAGGGAAGGAAUGUCACUCAGACCAUGGCCUGUUUCAGCACGUAGGACCGAAGCACUACGAAGGACCCAGUGAAUCGUAUGGAGGCACCAUUUUAAUUAACCAAAGAACAAUGGGAGUGAUGGAAUUGGGAAGGGAUGAGAUUUGUUUAUAAGGCUCCUCUUCUACAGAAAUGUCUAGAAGCAGCUGCACUUAUAGAUUUCAGGGACGGAGAGCGUCUUUGUAACUUUGUAUCGUCAGCUUUAAGUCCGUUUCUGAUCGAAUGUCUUUUACCUCAAGGGAAUAUAGGAAGUUGUGGGACAUCGAUUCUUCAUAUUUUCACACUUUGGAAGACAGGCAGUGCGUCGGUAUAUCUGCAGUAAAGCUGUGGACUCGUGCAAUGCGAGAUGAUGGCAGGCGGGGGGGGGUCCCUGCAGCCUGCAGAAUGUGCAUGUUUUUGGGGGGACGGGGGUGUUGUUGGUUAACAGAUCACGUGUGUUAAACUUGCACGGGACCAGCUACGGUUAUACCUUCCUCACCACGAGAUUUCCGGUUUGCCUGGCACUACGGAAGAGGCUGCGAGGGACAGUGAGGCCGACCUGAGGAGGAGAGCCACUGAUCCCUGGAGGCCAGGAAUGCACUAGUCAUGAAUCAGCCCCAAAUCGAGCAAAAGCUGUUGGCCAGCAAUCGGCGCCAAGUCACUCCGUUCACUCCUCAGUCACACUUAAAGCGCAGCUCUCCAUCCUUCUGUUCCUCUUUAUUCAAUGGCGACAUGUGACAUUCGGAGGUAAUAAAUUCUGGCUGCUUUCAUCA